CUCAUGUAACAUUUUAUAGAAAUUAUUUUAAAUUAAAUAUGUAAUGCUGCACAUUGUCCUUGGAGUGUUGGAACUCUAUCACCAUUGAGCAUGAAAACAUGAUUUACCAAUAGAAGUACAGGAAACACCAUGUGAUCAGGAAAUAGAAGAAGCUGGCAUGGCAGUCUAGCAUAAGUCUCUUUAGUACUGUUGGAGAUGGAUUACCUUGUUUUCAUUAUUGUUGCUCUUCUACAGUCAUAUAAAAGAUGUGUUUCAGUCUCAGUGGAAGGAGGACCUGUGGAUUCAACUGUAAAACUUGCCAGUGAGAUGACUCUUAAAUGUGUCUUUCCAAAGACUUCGAUAGUAUCCCAGAUGUCAUGGAUGAAGCAGAAGAGCAAUAAUAAAGAGAAGAUUGCCGUUUUCAGACCCCCUUUUGAUCUGCAUAUUCAAGGGAACUACACAGACAGAGUUCGUGUGGUUAACCAUAUGCUGAACAACAAAUCUCUGGUUUUCAACUACACUACUGAGGCAGAUAUUGGUUUUUAUCUAUGCUCUUUUCAGGCCUUCCCUUAUGGAAUUUGGGAAAAGAGGAUACAGGUUGUUCAGUCAGGCGAUUUCCAGCCUGAGGUAUUGCCAGCUCUCCAUGUGGUUACUGAACCCGGGAGUAAUGUCAUCUUUGCCUGCUUGUAUGACCCUGAAUUAACCGUGAAUAAAGUCAUAUGGGAAAAGGUUCAAGUGGACUGUGUGGACCUGGUAGUCCAAUGUGUGCCGUUUGGUACUUCAGUUUAUGGCUCAGAUUACCAAGACCGUGUAGAGAUAGACUGUGCUACCCAAGCAAAUAGCACAAUGCUGCUUUGGAAUGUCACAGCUUUGGACUCUGGGAUAUACCGCUGUCAUUACACUGGAGCUAAUGGUAGCAACUUGAGCUGGACAAAACUGAUCGUUAAUUUCAACGGCCCUGCUCCUUUAGAUUAUGAGCACAAUGUAUUUUUCAUCAUUGGAGGGGCUGCUGGUGCCACCGUACUACUGAUGAUAAUCUUGGCCAUUGUUGUGACUAUUCUUCAUUGUCGAAAAAGGAAGAGGAAAAGGAUCAUGAUGAUGAAAGCCCAUCAUGGUGGUCAAAAGGCCUCUAACAGAUGUGGAAAAUCAAACUACCAUUGCACAGUGCGUGCCUGCAGAGAAGCAAACGCGAAGGCACCCAAGACAAUGAAGGAGGCAAUCUAUGUCAACUACAGAGGUUGCUCACACAAGCCAAAUAUGGGAGUGUGAGCUUUUUGCCCUCUAUGUGAAUGAGCUUGCUUCAACUAUAUGUGGCAGCUUUACCCCUGGAAGAAGAUUCUGGUUGUGCUAAUGUGACUCUCCCCCCUCACCACAAUUACCUUUUGGUUAUCCUGGAAUGAAGAAAUUUCUUACACGUAUAAUGUGUGCAAUGCUGGAGGUAUAUACUAGGCAAUAGAUGUCAAGGACGUGGAAACAUUAAAGGUUGUGUGAGGAGACAAAUUGGCUGUGAUGCACCUCUGUGGAUGUCAGCAGAAGUGCUUUGUGCUUACUCCAGGUUUGAAAACAGGUCUACUAGAAGAAUGAGAGGCUGAAAAUAGGCUCCUCUCUGGCUGUAUGACAGCCAAGUAUUUAGCAGAUCAAAAGCUAUCUCCGACAUUCAUUCAUUGGUUUUCAAGGCUGGCAGUGUAGGGAGGCUGUUCUUGGCUA